AUGAACAGUUUGAUAAAUGAUGGAAAUAAUAAUUGUUUAUGUGAAAAUGAUGAUAUAAAUAUAUUGAAUAAAAAAAAUAUAUUUAAAGAAGAAUUAGAAAUAAACAAAAGUAAUUUUAAUAAUAUAGAAAAUGAAAGCAUAAGAAUAAAUAACUUAAUUAAAAAUAAUGAUGAUGAAGCUCUUGAAAGCAGUACAAGUAUUUUUGGAAUAAAUAAUAAUAAUACUAAUAAAUACAUAAAUAAUAAUGACCAUGAAAUACUAAAUAAAAAAAGAACUAGAGUGUUAUCUAUAAAAAAUUUAUAUAAUAAUUUGUAUAAAACAAGUGAUAUACUAUUAAAAGAAACAAUAAAUGAAAAAGAAGAAAAAGAAAAGGAAGAAAAUCGUAAUUUUGGAAAAGAUAAACACAUAGAAAACGAAGUAACUUAUGAAAAAAAAUUAAAUUUAAGAAACAGAGACAUAAAUGAUAUAAAAAAACCAUUUAUAUGUGAAGAUGAUAUAAAUAUGUCUACAAUUAACAGAAAUAAAAUAAACAAUUAUUUUGAAAAAAAAAAUAAGGAAUAUAAUAAUAUUUUCAAGCUGCAUAACGAACAUAAUCAUUUAAAUGAAGAUAGUAGUACAAAUAUAAAAAACAAUGAUGAUAAUUUUAUAUAUUACAACAAUUGUGAAGAAAAUGCGAAAAAUAGCAACAACGAUGGCCAUAGUUUAAAUUUAAACAGAAUUUUCUAUUAUAAUAAUGAAAAGGAGUCCAUAUAUGAAAACAAAGAAUACAAUAACAUUGAGAAUAAUAAUAAUAAUACAAAAGAUGCAAAACACAAGACGAAUGAAAAUAAUACAAAGAUCUUUGACGAAAAGGAAGAAAUAAAUCUAGAUAAUAAUUUAAGAAAAAAAGAAUAUUUUUUUGAGCAUGAAGAAAAAAAGGAACAGAAAAAAUUGCUUGUUUCAGAUAGAAAAAAUGAUAAUUUUUUAGAUAAAAAAAAAGAGAAAAAAAAAUAUAACUUAAUAAAUGAACGAGAAGGUGGAGAUUUAUUUAAAGAUAUGAAUGUAAACGAACUAAAAACGAAACUGAGCGAAAAAUUUCCUGAUACUUUUAAAAUUAUGUUAUGUACAGAUAAUCAUUUAGGAUAUAAGGAAAAUAAUUCAAUACAAAAAAAAGAUAGUUUCAAUUCAUUUGAAGAGAUUUUAUUUAUAGCAAAAAAAUUAAAUGUUGAUAUUAUUUUGAAUAGUGGAGAUUUAUUUCAUAAAAAUAAAGUAUCCGAAUAUGCAUUGUUUAAAUCUAUGCUAAUAAUGAGAAAAUACUGUCAUGUAAAUAAAAAAGAAAAUUGGAUAUUGGAAGAAGAAGAAAAAGAAAAGGAAAAAGAAAAAGAAAAAAAUAAUAACAAAUUUAAUAUACAUGUAAAAGAAAUCACAAAUUAUGAAUAUGAAUAUUAUAGAGAUGAAGAAAUAGAUAAAGGAGUUUUAAAAACUGAAUGUAAUAAACGCAAUGAGGUAAUUGAAGAGAUAAAGAAAAUUAGGAAUAAAAAAGAAAAAAAAAAAAAAAAAAUAGUAAAAAAAAAAGAAUACUUCAAUUCUCAUUUAAAUGAGAAUACUAUAGCAAAUGAUAGGAAAAGAAAAAAAAAUACUAAUGAAUCAAGCUAUGAAGAUGAUAAUGAAAGUGAAAAAUGUAAUGAUAGUGAUAAUGGAAAAUACAACGACAAUGACAAAUAUAAGGAAGAUAUAAUAAAGGAUUUGAAUAAUUUAAAAAAUAAAAAAGAACUUUUGAAUAGAUUAAAUAUUUGUUCAGUAAACGAAAAAUAUGAAAAAUCUAUCCCAUUUUUUGUAAUUCAUGGGAAUCAUGAUUAUCCUUAUAGUUAUGAUUUUAUUUCUCCAUUAGAUAUAUUAGAUAUUUCUAAUUUAAUUAAUUAUAUUGGGAAAAACAGUUUAGAUAAUACUGUAAUUAAACCUAUUCUUUUAAAUAAAAAUAAAACGAAAAUUUCAAUUUAUGCAAUUGGAUGGAUGAAAGAUGAGCGAUUAUACAGAUAUUUUGAAAAUAAUAAAGUAAAGUUUGUUUUGCCAUCUGAUUAUAAAAAUAGAAUAAAUAUUUUAGUAUUACAUCAAAAUAGAUAUAUAAGAAAUACAUAUGGUAAUAAUACAAAAAAUUUUAUUAAGGAAUCAUUUGUUCCAAAGUUCAUUGAUUUGGUUAUAUGGGGUCAUGAACACUUUUCUAAACCUUAUUUAGAAGAAAGUUUAUUUAAUUCUUUUUAUAAUUUACAGUUAGGAUCAUCUGUUAGAACAUCAUUAUGCACAAACGAAUAUGGAGAUAAAUAUAUUGGUCUACUAGAAAUUAAAAAUGAAAGAUUUCGUUUUUUAAAAAUAAAAUUGGAAACGGUCAGACCAUUUGAACUUAAGGAAAUCCGAUUAAGUGAUUACAAUUUAAAUUUUAAAGAGGAAACAAUUUUAAAAGAAUUUUUGCAUGACCAAACAAAUACAAUUUUGAAUAACAUCAAAGAAAAUUUAUACGAAGAAAUUAAAAAAUAUUAUUUAUUUAAAAAAUUGUUUUUCCAAUUUAAUGAUGAUAAAGAUGCUAAAAAAUACAAUUAUAAAAAUAGAGAAACAAAUGAGCUAUUUUCCAAAAAAAUAAAUGAAAGUACAGUGAAUAGUAUAUUUGAAGAACCAGAAGAAAGAGAAAAAUAUUUUUAUUCCUUGAUAUCUGAAGAUGAUAUUCACAAUUUUUAUUCUAACUUAAAAAAUGAAGAUUUUUAUUCAAGCACUUUUAUACAUAUGGCUUUUUCAGAUUGUUAUGACACUUUUGAUUUAUUAAAAAUAAAAAAAUAUGUAUAUGAAAAACCUCUAAUAAAAUUAAAGGUAGAAUAUGAUGAUAUUAACAUAAUAAAUACUCAGUUAUUUGGUUCUCUUUUUAUAAAUAGUAUAGCAAAUCCUUCUGAAUGUUUAUCUUUUUAUAAGAAGAAGUUAAAAAAUAAGAGCAAUUUACAAUGCAAGGAAGAUGAUGAAUCAAAUGAUAAAGAUACUUAUAAUUUAGAAUAUAUAAAUGAAUAUAAUAAAGUAUUUGAUAUAUUAUUUGAUUAUUGCGAUAUAAAAAAUAAAUUAUCCAUAUUAGAUGAAAAAAUGAUAAUGGAUACUAUGCAAAAUUUUAUUUUAAAUACAAAUUCUUCUUUUAGUUCUAAUUCAAAUUCCGAUUUUAAUUGUAUUAUUUCGAUGGUUGAUAAAUGCUCUAAAGAUAAAAUAGAGUUACUAGAACAAAAUAUAAAGGAUAUUCCAAUAGACAAUUUAACAGAUGAUUAUUUAAAAGAUCUUACGAAAAAAUUAAAAAAUCAAGAAUUUCUUUCAAUAUAA